AGCGUCUCUCAGAUCUGCUCACUUCUCUCUCUUUGAUUCCCAAGAAGAUCAGCUCGCUUUUCUCUGCAUGUAUGAAGAUCAGCUUGCAUUACUCCCUUUGAUUCCUGCAAUGCUUCUCCAAUUCUGAUUACAGGCUUAGCAAGUUGAUUUGGAGUCUUUGGCUGUUGAAUUAGACGAGGAGAACAAGCGGCUUUUGAAAGAGAAGAAGGAAUAGCAAUUGAGUGGCACUGUGGUAGUGGUUUUUGUUAAGAUGGAGAAAGAAUGGCUGCAAUUUGAUAGAUUUAAGGAUGAAUACAGAGUGGGAGCUCGUAUGUUUGUGGAUAAAGCAAGGGCAGAUUAUGGGAAUUCUGAAGAUGAGAUUAUAUGCCCAUGUAUCAAAUGUAGAAACUCUGAACACCACCACUUUGAGAUAGUCUAUGAGCACUUGGUAACAAGAGGAAUGGAUCCUACUUACAAAAUUUGGAUUUGUCAUGGUGAAACAGGAAGUGAAUCCAAUCAUGAAGAUCUUGAGAUUCCUGAGACAUAUAAGUUGUUUAAGGAUUUAUGUUUUCAACAUGAUGAAGAUGAUGAAGAUGUAGAUGACACUAUUGAGACGAGAGAGGCAGAAAUUUUAAAUUUAGUAAGAGAAGCUGAAACUCCCUUGAUCUUUGGCUGUACAAACUAUACGAAGAUGUCAGCAUCAGUUGCUUUAUUGAAGAUGAAAGCAAGACAUUAUUUGACUGAUAUUGCUUUCGAUGACAUUCUUCGCACUAGCCGUAGUUUCUUACCGGAAGAUAACACACUUCCAGAGUCCUUAUAUUCAAUGAAGAAGCUAGUGAAGGCAUUUGAUCUUGGAUAUGAGAAGAUACAUGCAUGUGUCAAUGAUUGCUGUUUAUUUAGAAAAGAUUUGCAGCAUCUGGAAAAUUGUCCAAAGUGUGGUGCUUCAAGAUGGAAACUUAAUGAAAGCAGUUCUAAAAUUCAAAAAGGCAUCCCUGCAAAAGUUUUGCGUUACUUUCCAAUAAUACCAAGGCUUAGGAGAAUGUUUGCUAUUACUGAAACAGCAGAACAAUUAAGGUGGCAUUCGAAUAAUAAGAGUCAAGAUGGUAAGAUGAGACAUCCUGUUGAUGUAUUAGCAUGGGAAACAAUAAAUAGAAGGUGGCCAUCUUUUGCAUCAGAUCCUCGAAAUAUCAGAUUUGGCCUUGCUACCGAUGGGUUUAAUCCAUUUCAUGAUCUUAGGUCUACGUACAGCUGUUGGCCAGUCAUUUUGACAAUAUAUAACUUGCCUCCAUGGUUAUGUAUGUCUAAAGAAAGUCUCAUGUUGACGUUACUCAUACCAGGUCCUAAGCAACCGGGUAACGAUAUCAAUGUUUAUUUGGCACCACUUGUAGAUGAUCUAAAGAAGUUAUGGAACCAGGGGGUAGAAGUGUACGAUGCAUUUAGUCAAGUGACUUUCAACUUGAGAGCCAUUUUGAUGUGGACCGUCAAUGAUUUUCCAGCGUAUGGAAAUUUAUCCGGAUGGCCUUACAAGGGAAAAGUUGCAUGUCCUGUUUGUCGUGAAGAAACAUGUGCUGAGUGGUUGACAAAUAGUCGUAAAUUUUCUUAUAUGGGGCAUAGAAGAUUUCUUCCUUCAGAUCAUCCGCUUCGUGAGGAACCAAGUAUGUUUAAUGGACAUCCAGAACAUGGGAGUAGGCCUAAGAUCUCUAAGGGUGAGCAAAUUUUUGAAGAGACAAGUAUAAGUAAUGUAUAG